CCUCCGCCUGACCCGGAUACAGACGGCGCUGCCUGUUCACCGGCCCGCUGAGGAGCGUGGAGCCGGGUCGGCCCUGCCGCCACCGCAGCAGUAGAGGGAGCGGAGCGCCCCGGCGGCGCCAUGGGGCUGUGGUGAGAGCUCGGCACCGCUGCCCGCCCGCCCCGCCGUGCCUCCCUCACACACCCCCCUGUGGCCAUGGCCCCCAUGGGGAUCCGCCUCUCGCCGCUCGGCAUGGCCGUGUUCUGCCUGCUGGGGCUGGGCGUUCUCUACCACCUCUACUCCGGCUUCUUGGCCGGCCGCUUUGCCUUCUUCAUGCUGAGCGAGCCGGCGGCUGGCGGGCCCGAGUCUCCCCGCGGCUCCGCGCCCGCCGGCGCCGUGGACCUGCGGGAGCUGCUGGCCGUCUCCGUUCUGGCCGCCGUCAGGGGCGGGCAGGAGGUGAAGCGGGUCCGGGAGGGCAACGUCCUCAACGCCAAGGCGAAGGGGAAGACGCGAGAGGGGGCUGAGGAGCAGCUGACGAGCGGCGACCUCCUCUCCAACCGCAGGAUGUUCUACCUGCUGAAGGGCGCCUUCCCCGCCGUGCAGAUAAACUCUGAAGAGCGUGUUGAUACAGCUGAUCAGGAGACAAUCUCUUGGGAUCGCAGUAUUCCUGAAGACAUAAAACAAAAAAUACAGCCUAAAGAGGUUCCAGCAGAAAGUGUUACAGUCUGGAUCGAUCCGUUAGAUGCUACACAAGAAUACACAGAGGAUCUUCGACAGUAUGUCACAACAAUGGUUUGCGUGGCUGUAAAUGGUAAACCAGUAAUAGGAGUGAUACACAAGCCGUUCUCAUCAUAUACAGCCUGGGCAAUGGUGGAUGGUGGCUCAAACGUAAAAGCUCGUUCCUCCUACAAUGAGAAAACUCCAAGGAUUAUUGUAUCCCGCUCCCAUGCAGGAAAAGUUGAGCAGGUUGCACGGCAGACAUUUGGAAAUAAGACUGUGAUAAUCCCCGCUGGUGGAGCAGGUUAUAAAGUGCUGGCCCUCCUUGAUGUGGCUGAAAAGAAUCAAGAAGAAGCUGACGUGUAUAUCCAUGUCACCUACAUUAAGAAAUGGGACAUAUGUGCUGGAAAUGCAGUGUUGAGAGCAUUGGGUGGCCAUAUGACUACCCUGACUGGUGAAGAAAUUAGUUACACUGGCUCAGAUGGCAAUGAGGGAGGACUAAUAGCCAGUAUCAACAUGAACCAUAAAGCACUAAUUGAAAAACUUCCAGAUCUGGAAAAAACAUCACACAAAUAAACUUGAAUGAUGGAGAAGUACAAGUCGUGCUUUUGUAGCCUCCAAAUGCUCUGUCUGAAGAAGCAGGUGUGAAAACCUGCUGGGAAAGAUGCACAGCAAAGCAAAGCAGUUUGGUGUGGGUUUGGGGACUAUAAUCAUGCAUUGGGUUUCUUCAGAGGUGGUAUUUAAAAAAAAAAUAAAAUAAUAAUCAGAAGUAGGAAGGGGACUGACUGUCUCACACCUCAGUUUCCAUGUUUUAUUUUUUUCAGACUGUUUUCAUGCAGUUCUUAUACUCAAGGUGCAUAUACAGUAUAUAUUUGUGAACGUAGGUGAGCUAAAGAAAAAUCCAAGUUGAUUCAUAAAAUAACCUUAGUAGUUCUCACAGGAAUUUCUUGGAACCUUUUGCAUCCUGUUACUGUAGUUGUAGCAACUCCAUAAUGAAUUGAGUAGGGAAAAAAAGGUUGAUUUGUAUAGGCAUCUGAUAACUCUGUAAACAAUUUAGCAGGAAAUGUGACCUUGUGUUCUAUAUCCCCUGAACAGAAAGCACAGGAAGGUUGAGAUGAAUUUAUAUGCAGCAACAGUUUAUCUUUGACAGAGAAAAAAAGAAAUGUUCUGUAUUAUUUUGACUCUUUUCCUAAAGAUGUAAACCAGUUUAGUUCAGAUGGGUUGUGAAUAUCAGUGUUUUAUUAAUCAGUGUAAUUAUUUCCAUAUACCUUUUUAAAAGAAGGCAAUGUUUCCUUGUAUAGUUUUUAACAGUUACUUCCUGUCCUUGAUUUCUGCGUACAGUGUUAAAGAUGCAUGCUAGGUUUUUCUCUAAUGUAGGACUUGUUCAUCAUUUGGUGUUUGUGCCAGAAGCAGCUUUUCCUCCAGUACCUCUUUUUUUGUGGAUUUUUUUUUUCCAUUGGAUAGAGUCAUAUGGAACGAGUUUAACAGAAAUAGUAAGUUGUUUGGUUGUUUCCGUUUAGAACACAAGAUAUAAACCAGCAAUUUUUCUACAAGCCCAGAAAUAACUUUCUAUCUUUUUAGGUUCAGGCGCGCUCUUUUCUGCAGAAAGGUCUUGAGCCAUCCCAAACAGCCUGUGGUUACUUGCUUUGUGAAAAUUUAUGUAGAGAGACACCAUUUGAACUUGAAUCUGUUCAAGGAACAUGCGGUGCUUGAAGUACGACAGGGUCUGCAAAACUUUAUUGAAAAAUGUUCUUUGUCAAUCCAAUAUACAUAGAAGAGAACAUGGGCCUUUGAUAUCAAAUGACAAUUUGUUGCAACUUAAAUAUGUGGACUUCUAUCUGCAAAAACAUAAUCAUCUGUAUUAUUGUUCUCUGCCCCCCUCUGAACAGUUUCAGAAGGUUAGAAUUUAUCUGUUAUAUGAAUUAUCAGUAGAUAACCUUCCCAUCAGUCCUCAAGAAAGCUAAAAUUCUUAGUUAAUACCGAUGUUUUGUGUUCAAAGUUUAUUCAGUAUAAGCUUAGGCUGUUUAAACCAAAUUCUUAAUUACUUUCAUUUUAACUUCUUUCGUCAUACUGCUGUUCUGAUUAAGAGGGGGUUUUUCUCCUUAUGUCACUAGUGAAGCAUGUCUAUGUACCUCUUAACUUCUAGCUAAUGUUCCCAUUUCCAAAAGACCUCCUCAGAUGUUGCGUAACUACAGAUACAGACUUGUGUUUUGUAAACUUACUGGCAAAGUAGACUGAAGCUUAGUCCUACUAGCCUUCUGGUACGGGUAGGUUGUUUGUUUUUUAGGUAACUGUUUUUCCAAAAUUGACACUAUUGCUGCUGUUUGAAAAUACCUUUUACACAUGUAGAUAAUACACAAAGCAAGUUAACUUCCAGUUUUUAAUUUUAAUAAACUACUAUAUGCUGUAAAAAAUAGUUAAUAUGCCCUUUUUAAGAAGAGGCUGAUCUAUUUUGAAAAACUUCUUGAGCUUCCAAACCUCAGUGAAGAAUAAAAAAGCAGAUAUUUCUCAAGGCUUUAGUAAUAUUUUACAAGACUGCAGCUUUUUUUCCUUCAGACUGAUUUAAAUGACUUAAAGCCUAAUAGAAAAAGCAGCUAUUUUCUUUAUUAGUUAAUGAACACAGAUUAAAAUUUAAAUAUGAGAAAUAGCCAUAGUUAGCCUAGUAUAAAAACCUAAUUGUGUCACAGAGGUUGAAUGCACAAUAUUUAAAUAGUCAAUUAAGACAAAGUCUGUGGCAGGUUAUGGUUUUAGAUUCAGAUUGAAAUCAUGUGUAAACGUACCUUACGAAAAGGUGACUGCUCUUAUUUUGGGUACGAUUCCAUCACUUCCUUGUGUAAGCUGUGAUCAGACUUAGCUUCUGUAUGCGAAAUGAAAAAUAAGAUAAUGUUACAUAUCGUAUACAAGGGCUUACUUGCAUCUUAACUGAAGGUGUAAAGCAGUAAACAGAAGUAUUUGCCUAAAUUAUUUUUCCUUUGGAAGAUAAGGUACAAAGAAGAGCUUCAGCCCUCCUUUCCUUCUUCCUAUAUGCUGCCUAAAAUACCUAGUCUUCCAUUAGGAAGACGUUUGCGUGUUUAGACCCAUUUAAAUCCUAGAUUGCUUUGUUGCAAUGGAUCUCAGUGGUCAAUACCUUUCACUGUGGACACUUACUGGCCCAAUCUCGCUUCUUGUGAAAAUGAAGAAAAGGUGAGAGUGAGGUGCCCAUUAAUUACCUCUGGUACAGCCUGACCUCAUACCUCCUUCCCACAGCUAAGACCUAAGGUGGUGUUUGGGGUCUCCCAGUCUAGUUUAAAGAGGAGCUUCUUUGAUAGGAGAAUAGGUAAGCAUCUGGUGAACAUCAGUUUUGGAGGUCACUUUACAAUAAGUGCAACUUUUGUGCAGACCAGCAAGUGUUGAAAAGUGUUUGCUUAGUGCAUGUGUGCCACUGCACUUCAGUGUUUGUUUGUAUAGUGUUAACACUCAGUAUAUCCUAUUUCUUUGCCUGUGUUUACACUCCAUUCUGAAACAUCUUGCUAUUCUGGCUCCAGUACUUGUUUGGUGUCAGCUGCAUGGAAGUAACUUAAGCUUAUGCCCAGAGAGGCAGGAAAUCAUACUGUACCCAUGUCUUGCUGCCGGGCUGGAACCUUCUUUACAUUCUAGCCUUUUCCACAUAAAACUGUCAUACCAUUUUUAGGGAUGCUACUUAAAACAAUGGCACGGUGUAGGUGGUUCCUACAGAAGUAUGUCUCUUCUAAAAAUUUUUUAAAAUUCACAGUAUCAUUCUUGCUCCAAACAAGGGAAAUAGGAGAAUGUAUUGUUUUAGCGUUGGUUUUCCAAUGGUGAAUUUUUGUUCGAGUGGCUUUUUUGCUUAAGGUAAUUGCAAGGGAAAUUAUUCUAAAGCCAUAGAUAUUUUCUCUUUUUCAUCCUGCUAAACAGAGUAGAUGGUAGCAAAGAGGAAACCUAGUACUGUACCAAGAGUCCUAACUUGCAUUGAUUAAAUGAAUGUUUUCUAAACAAAUGGACACAGAAGUAAAAGGGUUGAAUAUCGACAGUGGUUUUGAGUUUAACAUAUUUGCCAGACGUUUACAGAUGGAUUCAUGUGUGUUGACUGUUCUAAUCUACAGAGCAUAUAAUGAAAAUAGCCAAGACAGCUUCCUCAAAUGGUGAAUUAACCAUGUAGGCGAAGCUGAGUGGUCAUCUAGUGAUGUUGUUUCAUAUGCUUGGUUUUACAGUCAUUUGAGUGGACAGAUUUUCUAACUGGCUUCAGGCAUGAGAAGAGUGGUUUGGUGGUUUUUUUGGUUUUUGUUUUUUUUUUUUUAAAUAGACAGUGGUUGGAGAUCAGAGGUCUGUAGGGGAGUCAGCACUGGAGUUUAUCUCUGCUUUUUUGUUUAUAAACAAAUGUACCCCCAUAUCUUUGUAGCAUCCUCUUAUCUGUUGGAGCUGUGCAACAGCGGUGCAAUACUGUAUACUCCUGGUUUAACAGUGUAAAUCAAGGAGUCCGCAUUCCCCGAGAACAGUGCAAUGAGAAGUGACCGAGUGUUGUGCUGGUCCUCCUCUGUGUUACGGCAGCUGAGGCUGGCUGCUGCUUUGUCUCGUGAAUGUCAUUCCAGUUGCAGUUUCUCUGAUGGCAGAAUUUCUUUUGUAGGCUACUGUCUCCUCAGUUCUGCCCAACCCCUUCGUGGAUCUGUUUUCUAAAGUAAACUGGAGAAGUGGAGAGGAAAGAAGCAGAUGGCUGUGCUGGAGAGAAGUUGUAACAGAGAACGCUUGUUUCCAUUUCUUGAUUUAAAUUAUAAGUGAUAGUUCCAUUUCUCUUGUCCUUCAGGGGUUAGAUAACCAUACAGGUUAGUUUAAGUGGACCAUGGAUAAAUGCCUGCAUGAUUUUAAGGCCAAGCAGGAUGGAGGUGAAGGAGACUGCCUUGAACCAAGGAGAGCAUGGAUGGAUGGUUUCCUGUCAGGCUGUUCAUGCUGAGCCUUUUUUCAGUGCUUUGUUGUAGAGAGUGAGGCUCUUUCACACAAACAAUUGUGGAUUUCACUUUGCAGAAUUAUCAUUCAUAGUCUAUCUCCUGACCUGCUAUCCUCAAUGAUAAAUCUGUGCUGUAUCCAGUUCACUGUAGUGUAGAGACAUUACAGCAAGAGAGUCUCUUGCUGAGACAAGAUUGUGGUAACUCUGAGAGGACUCAAAGACUGCUUGACUUGAACCACGCCUUUUAUACGGCAGCUCUUAUACUGAAGCGCUAACACUUGCUGCGAGUGUCUUUGCACCUCACAAACAGCUUGUGCCACUCAAGGGUUGUAUCAAGAAGCUGUUGAAGCCUUAUACUAUGUGGUUUUCAGGUGCCACACUAGCUCUUUCAGUUCAUCUGAGAGAAGUUCUGAAGUGCUUGUCUGGUUUCCUUCUGAGGCUCCCACUGCAGCCAGCAAUGGGUAGCCACUUUUCCUUCUUUGCUGUUCCUCAUCUUUCUGUUUCUGCCUGAUCCUUGCUCCUUUCUUAGUCCAUAUGGACAAGAUAAAUGAGUGGUCAGAGCUAAAAACAGUCCCUGAAUGAGAGGACCACAGCGGCAAACUAUACAGUUUAACCUCAAGCUGUUAAUGUUUGGGACCAAACAUGCCUAAAGUACUGGUCUUACCAAAAGUGUGAUAGAUGCCAACAAAAUAAAGGCAUCUUGAAGAGAGGUUCGUGUGAUUGGUGGUACUGAACAUGCGGAAAAGAUGCAAAGUAAAGAGCAAGGAGAAGUUAAACUGUCUUAAAAAGGAGAAGAAAACGGAUUCUCAGUGUAAUGUUACAGGCGUUUGGCAUUUCUGUUCCUCUGGGUGCAGAGCCUCGUUGCUUAUGAAAGAGGCUUCAUUGGCCCUAUGUGAAAGACCUGAUUUUGUUGAAGUCAGUAGCGGCAUUCGCACUGAAUUCAAUGCGAGCAGAAGCAAGCCAGAUAAAACACGAACAGUAAAUUAAGCAAAGUUCAGAAGAGCUCAGCUUCUGCCAAUAGAGCAAACAACCUGGGCUGUGUUAAACUCGCCUCUGGCAGCUUCAGUCUACGUUACUAGAGAACUUCAAAACAUCGUCCCAUGGUCUCAAGGUUCUAAGUCUUCUGGGGUUUUUCUGUUGUCUACAGAUGAUAGAGCCCACUUUCAGAUAAUAUUGUUUUCAGCCCUGAUUGUUCCUUGUUUGUAAUUUACAUUUCUUUUUUCUCCCCAAAGGACCAGCAAGAGUCUGGCAUUUUUCCUGUUGUCCCACCAAAUUUUAUUAGCAUUUUCCAAUUGUGUGCCAAAUUGAAAUAACAAUUCUAUAAAUAAACUCUCUGAAAAUA